AUGGAAUCCUUCACUUCUGUUCUGUAUGAUUAUGUUGAGAAUGACACCUAUGAUUUCAGCUUGAAUGAUUCUGAGAUUUUGUAUGGUGAUAUUGAAGCCUCAAGCACAAUGCACGUGGUCUCCAUGGUGAUUUACAGCACCACUUUACUCUUCGGGACCGUCGGCAACGGCCUUGUCAUCUUCCUCACUGGCUUCCAAAUGAAGAAGACGGUAACCACCAUGUGGUACCUCAACUUGGCUCUAGCUGAUUUCAUAUAUGACCUUUCUCUGUCCUCAGAGUUGCUCUAUUUUGCCCUCCAUGAAUGGACUCUUGGGUGGCUAUUCUGCAAACUGGACACCGUGGUGUCUUUCCUAAACAUGUUUGCCAGUGUCUUCUUCUUGACAGCCAUCAGUGUUGACCGUUGUGUUUCCGUAGUGUGCCUUUGGUCGUUGAACCAUCGCACGCUUCGGCUGGCUUCCUUAAUAGUUGGCCUUAUCUGGAUGAUGGCCUUGGCACUCAGCACCCCCUAUCUCUACUUCCGGGACAUGGAAUAUGAUACGGACGACUCUGUCAAGUGCUCCUAUAGCUUUGGCUUGGAAGAAGCCAGCAGCCACCAGUCCCAUCUUUCCAUGGUGGUGACUGAAUUUGUAAUUGGGUUCUUCAUCCCCUUCAACAUCAUCUUGGCUUGUUACUGCAUCAUUGUCUUUAAGCUCAGAAGGAAGCUCUUUGGUCAGUCUGGUAUCCUCAAGAUCAUGGUGGCGGUAGUGGUAGCAUUCUUCUGCUGUUGGUUCCCUCACCACUUCUUCUCCAUUCUAGAGAACUGGUUGAUGAGAGCUUAAAUGAGCAUGGUCAUUGAUAUUGGGCUGCCGUUGGCUAAUGGUUUGGUGUGUCUCAACAGCUGCCUCAAUCCAUUCCUGUAUGCUUUCGUGGGUUCGGAUUUUAGAAAAAAUAGCUGGCGUUCCUUCCUCUCAGCUUUCAAAGUGCUUUUAGUGAAAACUGGGCCACGUCCUCUUUUUCAAGCAAUAGGAAUUCUGGUUCUACUUCAGGAAUAG